CCGCACGCAAAAGUGGACCCGUCCUCACCUUCGCUUAUCUUCAGAUAACGGACUCUGUCGGACUUGCAAGUGCGAGACUGCGAGAUGCACGAGACCUCCGCGCUUCUUUGCAGUGGAGAAAAAAGAUACCCUGCAUGUGCCGAGUGACAAGGAUAGCUACGCGCCUCGCGUGUCGAGCUAGGGUUACUGCGAUGAGAAGAAUGCUUCUUGUAGAUAAAUGGUCAGAGGCACCUCGUUGACCGAGACACUCCAUCUUACGAGCUGGAAGGCCAGACAAUAACACAUAUCACAUUUUGUUGCAUUCCAUACGAUGCCUCAAAUCGACAUAUCCGUUCAAGAUGAGCAGAAAACUUUCGAGGCUGAUGUGGCUGCUAUUGAGAAGCAAUGGAGCUCUGCAAGGCAGUCGCAUUUGAAGCGACCAUACACGGCGAGCACUAUAGCCGCGCUUCGUACUUCUAUCCCCGCUCCCUCGGAAGCCUCCUCGAUCCAGGCCAUUAAGCUCUGGGAACAGCUAAACGCCCACAACAAAGCCGGUACAUGCGAGUUGACAUUUGGUACCACCGAUCCGGUUGCAGUCUCGCAGAUGGCCAAGCAUCAGCAGACUGUCUACGUGUCUGGUGCUCUAUGCGGAUUUUCGGAAGUCGCACUCCCUGGAAUGGACCACGCGGACUACCCAUGGGAUACCGUGCCGAAGGUUGUUUCCAAGAUCUUCAAGAGCCAGCUUUGGCAUGACCAGCGCCAACGACAGUACCGAUUACGACAUCCGAUUGAGGAGCGUGAAAAGCUGGAGAACUGGGACUACAUGGCGCCAAUCGUCGCGGAUGGCGAUAUGGGCUUCGGUAGCCUGACGAGUACAAUGAAGAUGGCCCGCGAGUUUGUGGACGCUGGUGUAGCGAUGAUACACAUCGACGACCUUGCUAUCGGGAUGAAGAAGUUUACUGUUGGUCAAGGGCGUACCAUUGUACCGACUCAAGAGUACUUGGAUCGUUUGACAGCUGUGCGGAUGCAAUUCGAUGUCAUGGGUGCGGAGACUCUACUGUUAUGCCGCUGCGACACGGAUCAUGCCGAGUUCAUCACCAGUGUCGUUGAUGAGCGUGACCACGAGUAUGUGCAGGGAGCGACGAAGAAGAUAGAGCCGUUGCAGAAGUGUCUCGCGGCUGCACAAAUAGGAGGGAAAGAUUUGAAGGCUGCGCGGGACGAGUGGAAGGCGAAAGCGGGGAUCAAGACUUUUGAUGAGGCUGUCGAGGCUGUCGCGUCGAAAGAAGAGUUUGCCGCUUACAAGGCGGAUCUCUCGAAACGCAAGCUUGCUUCUCUGUUAGACCGUCGCGACAUCGCAAGCAAGACGGUGAAACAGGAAGUGUUCUUCGACUGGGAGCUGUCUCGAUCAGCGAUGGGACAGUAUAUGAUCAAGAGCUGCGUCAAGGGUAUCGUCGAGCGUGCCAUCGCCGCUGCGCCACUCGGAGACGUGACCUGGGCGCGCAUGGACUCUCCAAAUUGGGAGGACAUCGUCGAAUUCCACACGAAAGUUCGCAAGGUGUAUCCGGACCGGCUCUUUGCCUUUGGCUACACCGGCGACUACGACUUUGCAAAAGCCGGUUUCAGUGAUGACCAAGUCAAGAAUCUUCAUCUCGAUCUUGCCAAGCUAGGCAUCGUAUGGCAGGUCCAGCCGAUCUGGAGUCUGCAAGGUCUGAACAUGGUGACAGAGCAAUUUGCGAAGAUGUGGCAGGACCAAGGUAUCGCUGGCUACCUGAAGUCGGUACAAGGCCCGGCUCUUAGCUCAAAACCUAUGACUGAUGGGUUUGAGAGGUUGAGUUAUUGCGGUGGAUAUUUGGCAGAUGCAUUCUUCGAGACGGUCGCAGGAGAGCCCAUCGUAGACAAAGGCAAAGCAGCGUGAUUUUAAAGUCGUUGAUAGCCUACAAUAUGAGUACACUAGUCCCAAUGACAUCUCCUUUCGUCGACCUGUCAUGUCCAGCCCUCGAAGUCAAACACACCAGGGAACGAGAGUAGGCCGUCGACAGCCAGAUC